AUGGCACCCGCAACGAUGAAAGCUGCAAUCUGCAAGGAAGCCGGCCAACCCCUCGUUAUCGAAGAGGUACCCGUCCCCGUCCCCACAGGCCGCGCCCUCCUCGUCCGCGUCCAAGUUGCCUCGCUCUGCCACUCCGAUGUCAUGAUCGCCGCUGGCGGAGCCAGUCUCGCCCAGCUCCCCCAGAUCCUCGGCCACGAAGCCAUCAGCGUCGUGGAAGAGCUUGGUCCGGACGCCGCAGCCUACGGCGUCGCCGUGGGUGACCGCAUCGGCGCGCCACUGUGGCAGAACUCGUGCCUGUCGUGCUUCGAGUGCCGCCACAUCGGCCAACAUUUCUGCCCUUCGCUGCAGAUGAAGGGCGUCACCAGUGCUGGCUACUUCGCCGAGUACAGCCUCGUCGACGCCGCGACAGCGGUGCGCAUCCCCGCGGACAUCAACGCCAGCCCCGCACAGCUGUCGCCCAUUUUCUGCGCCGGCAUUACGGUGUGGGACGCACUGAAGCGCGCCGCCAUUGCGCCGGGCGAGACCGUCGCGGUCGUGGGCAUCGGCGGGCUGGGCGAGAUCGCGACCAAGUAUGCACAGGCGCUGGGCGCGCGUGUGCUGGCGCUGGAUGUGAACGAUGCGCAAUUAGCUGGGGUUCGGGACGGGGGCAGUGCGGAUGGCGUGCUGAACACGCGGGACUUGAAGCGCGAGCAGAUUCGGGAGCGGCUGGUCGCGUUGAACGGGGGGCGUUUGGUGGAUGCGGUGGUUGUAACGAGCGGGUCAGGGCCGGCGUAUCAGACGGCGUUUGCGAUCUUGCGGCCGGAGGGCCGCUUGAUGGCGGUUGGGAUCCCUGACCAGCCGGUGCCGAUGGCGAUGGGAUUGGUUGCGACACAGGCGUUUAGGUUUGUUUGUGGUGCUUUGCUGCUUUGGUGUUGGCGCACUUGGACUAACGUCCUGUAUAGGAUAAUUGGAGCCAAAGUGGCUGGGCAGGCUGGGGCGACUCGAUGCCUGGAGUUUUCACAGCGAAAGGGAAUUUAUCCCAAGGUGAAUCCGAGAAAAUUCCAGCUGGAGGAUAUCAAUGAGAUGAUGGCUCUGAUGGAGGCUGGAGAGGUCCACGACGGGCGGAUGGCGGUGCAGUUCUUCUGA